GAAAGGCUAUACUUUUCGCUCCAAAAUGAAGUUCAAAAAAUGAACAGAGCAGCAGAAAAUCUCUGCCUUUCCCUAUUAAGCAACUGCAGAACCCUCCGAAAACUCAAGCAAAUCCACGCCUUCGUUUACAAAUCCGGCCUCGAAACUGACCCAUUAAUCGCCGGAAAAAUCCUACUUCUUUCCGCCGUUCAAAUCUCCGACGCUAUUGAUUACGCUCGCCGUCUCUUCAUCCACCACCCAAACCCAGAUGUGUUCAUGUACAACACCCUCAUCCGAGGUGAAUCAGAGUCAGACUCACCCAAUAACUCCGUCAGCUCGUUUGUUCGCAUGCUAGGAGAAUCAUAUUCCCCUCCGGAUAGUUUCUCUUUCGCUUUUGCACUCAAAGCAGCGGCGAAUUUGCAGUGUUUGAAAACUGGGUUUCAGCUGCAUUGUCAAGCUAUGGUUCGCGGGCUUGAUACCCAUCUCUUCGUUGGGACUACAUUGGUUAGUAUGUAUGGGGAAUGUGGAUAUGUUGAGUUUGCUCGGAAGUUGUUUGAUGAAAUGAAUGAACCAAAUGUCGUGGCGUGGAACGCGAUAAUUACAGCGUAUUUUCGUGGAAAUGAUCUGAGUGGUGCAGAUAGAAUGUUUGGUUUAAUUCCGUGCAGGGACUUGACUACUUGGAAUGUGAUGCUAGCGGGGCAUACUAAAGCAGGGGAUCUUGAGCGUGCGAAGGGGUUGUUCUUGCGGAUGCCGAGUAGAGAUGAUGUUUCUUGGAGUACUAUGAUUGUUGGAUUUGCUCAUAAUGGAUGCUUUUAUGAGGCGCUGCAGGUUUUCAGGGAGUUGGUUGGGAGUGGAAAUAGGCCGAAUGAAGUGAGCUUGACGGGUGUUUUAUCUGCGUGUGCUCAAGCUGGGGCAUUUGAGUUUGGGAAAGUUUUGCAUGCAUUUAUAGAGAAAAUUGGGUUUGUUUGGAUUAGUUCUGUGAACAAUGCACUUUUGGAUACUUAUUCCAAGUGUGGAAAUGUGUUGAUGGCUCGGCUUGUCUUUGAGAGAAUGCCUGGUAAGAAAAGCAUUGUUUCCUGGACUUCUAUGAUUGCAGGGCUUGCAAUGCAAGGAUAUGGUGAAGAGGCGAUAAAACUUUUUCACGAGAUGGAAGAAUCUGGGACCAGACCUGAUGAGAUCACUUUUAUUUCUGUCCUUUAUGCAUGUAGUCAUGCUGGUUUACUUGAAAGAGGUCAUGAGAUUUUUAGUAAAAUGACAGGACAUUAUAACAUCGAACCAACAAUUGAGCAUUAUGGUUGUAUGGUUGAUUUGUAUGGCAGGGCUGGUCAGCUUCAUAAGGCAUAUAAUUUUGUGGUUCAAAUGCCAGUACCACCCAAUGCCGUUAUUUGGCGCACACUUCUUGGGGCUUGCAGCUUUUUCGGUGACAUUAACUUGGCCGAGCAAGUAAAGAAAAGACUCUCUGAGUUGGAUCCAGACAACUCUGGUGACCAUGUUCUGUUGUCGAACAUUUAUGCAGUUGCAGGGAAAUGGAAGGAUGUUGAUACGGUGAGGAGAUUAAUGGCUGAGAAGAAUAUGAAAAAAACUCCUGGUUGGAGCAUGAUUGAAGUGGACAAGAUCAUGUACCGUUUUGUUGCAGGGGAUAAACUAAAUGACAUUACUGAAGAGGCUUAUAAUAAGCUAAGUGAGAUAACAUUAAAACUUAAAGUAGAAGGUGGUUAUGUUCCAGAGGUAGGCAAUGUUUUGCAUGAUAUAGAAGAGGAAGAAAAGGAAGAUACGCUGUCUAAGCACAGCGAGAAACUUGCUGUUGCUUUUGGAAUGGCAAGGUUAUGUAAGGGAAGCACCAUACGAAUUGUAAAGAAUUUAAGAGUGUGCAAAGAUUGUCAUAGUUUUAUGAAGUCUAUAUCUAAAGUCUACAAAUUGGAUAUUGUGGUUAGGGAUAGAAGUCGAUUUCAUUCUUUCAAAGAAGGUUCUUGCUCUUGCAGAGAUUAUUGGUGAGUGAUGAUUGAUGGUCUGAUCAAAUUGGUAACACUCCCGUUUUCAGGGAAAACAACAUUGACUGUGAAUAAAAGACCCACAUUAUGGAUGCUAUAGAAUGCUCCAUUCUGACCAUUGCAAUGAAAGACUAUGGAAAAGAAGCAGUCAAACAUGUAUGUCACCAAUAGACUUGGAAAAGGCUAACACAUCAUGGAAUUGUUGCUCCUUCCAGCUCUUCAGGUCUGCUGUAUGAGGAUUCUGCUUAUUUAACAACUGAGGUGUAAUGGCACUGAGAUUGCGGUGCAUUAAUUUGAUUUUUGCUUUAUGCAGCAUGUCUAUUCA